UACUACCGCAGCAAAAUCACUUGCCAAAAGCUCAGGAGCAACAGAACCGAUAACAAAGGAACGUACUGGAAAGCCUACCGAAAACAGCGGGCUAACAACACCAGACUACCCUAAACCAUCCCCAUCAAUCCAUCAAAACUUACCAUUGUCGAAGAAAUUAUCUAAAAAACAGCGAAAAGAACUUGAAAAACGGCACACACGUAAUCAACUUGUUGAAACCUUGUUCAAUGAAUUCUACAUUGCUCAGUACGAUACCCGAUGGCCGUCUCUACUUGAUGCGUUGCGUAAUCCACAUCGAUAUUGUGCAAUGACGAACAAAUACGCCUGCCAGGAAUCAAUCGAAUCUUACCUCCCAUCUGAUGCACAACAAGUAACAUUCCUUGACAUUCCAUGUUAUGUCAGUAAUGACAAGUUUACUCCUCCAACUGUAGACAGAGCUGGGAUAACGAUGGUAUAUCACCUAGAUGCAUCUUCCGUUCUUGCUACGAAAGCACUUGACGUCCAACCGGAUGAUAAUAUUCUCGACAUGUGUGCGGGGCCUGGAGGAAAGACAUUGUCGAUUUUGCAACGACUGUCUCAUUCAGGAUAUCUCACCUCCAACGAACCAUCCGUGUCCCGAAGGGUACGUCUGCAACGUGUUAUAAACAACUACAUCCCUCCUUCGGUGCGACAUCGUGUGUCCGUCAUAUCGAAUGCAUCAACGUAUCCUCCUCUCUUUGAUAAGGUUAUUGCUGACGUCCCAUGUUCAAAUGAGCGACAUUUGCUACGAAAUGAAAUUGAAUUCGUGCGGUGGAAUGAUCGUCAUAGUAAGAAGUUAUUGCCAACACAGUAUACCAUUUUGUGGGAUUCUAUUAAAAUGGUUAAAAUAGGAGGGAUUGUGGUUUAUUCAACCUGCUCGAUUAACAAGUGUGAAAAUGAUGGCGUGAUUGAGAAGUUUUUGGACAAAUCCAGAAUGGAUAUUGAAAUUGUUAAGAGAGAAUACGAGGUGGGAGAGAGCACAGAUUAUGGAUGGAUCGUGUUACCAGAUAGAAGCGCUGGAUGGGGACCGCUGUACUUUUGUGUGUUAAAAAGAAUGAAAUAA